AUGGUUCUGCUGCCACUCGGUGCCAUUGUCUGGAUCGCCAUCACGCCAACUGGUGACAUCUGGGGCCAUUUGCUGACAACCGUUCUGCCCGGAUCGUUAAAGACAACGCUGCUGCUGAUGCUGGGCGUCGGACUGACGACUUGUGUAACCGGCGUGCUGACCGCCUGGCUUGUUACCAUGUGCAACUUUCCCGGACGCAGGAUUGCCGACUGGGCGCUUCUGGUACCGCUUGCCGUUCCGACCUAUAUCGUCGCAUUCGCCUAUGUCGAGGUGCUGGACUACACAGGUCCCGUUCAGAGCCUGAUCCGGGACAUUUUCGGCUUCAAGACAUCACGGGAUUACUGGUUUCCCGAAAUCCGGUCGCUGGGUGGCGCCAUUUUCGUGAUGGGUGCGGUUCUCUAUCCGUACGUCUAUCUCACGACCCGAGCCAGCUUUCUUAUUCAAUCGUCGUCGACGCUGGAUGUUUCGCGAACGCUGGGCGCAUCGCCCUACGGCCUUUUCUUUCGGGUCGCCCUGCCCCUUGCACGGCCUGCGAUUGCGAUAGGCGUGUCCCUGGCCCUGAUGGAGUGUCUCAAUGAUAUUGGCGCCGUUACAUUCUUCGGCGUGAAGACGCUGACCUUUUCCGUUUAUGAUACCUGGCUGAACCGCUCCAGCCUUGGAGGAGCCGCACAGCUUGCGCUGGCCAUGCUGGCAAUGGUGUUCCUUCUGUUGUGGCUAGAACGUUUCGGCCGCCGGAAGCAGCGCUUUGACGCCGGGGGUGGAUCAAAGCACAGGCCGCCAACCCGCUUCGACCUGAGCGGCUGGCAAUCCGUUCUCGCACUUGGUCUUUGUCUCACACCGAUCCUUGUCGGGUUCGUUGUUCCGGGUCUUUUGCUAGCGGAUCGAGCGAGCCGUCGACUGAACGACGUUUUUGCAUCCGGGUUCCUCCAGGCGAUCUGGAACAGUUUCUAUCUUGCUUCCAUCGCGGCCCUGCUAACCGUUGUCAUUUCAAUCGCGCUUGCCUACGCAUUUCGGAUCAACAGCAGAGGACCACUCAAGAUUGCCGUGCGCCUCGCCUCCAUCGGCUAUGCCAUUCCCGGUACGGUUCUCGCGAUCGGGAUUCUCAUUCCACUGGCCGGAUUCGACAAUUUCCUUGAUGCGCGGAUGGAGAGCUGGUUUGGCCUCAACACGGGUCUGCUCCUGCUCGGUAGCGGUACCGGCCUGGUCUAUGCCUACGUCGUGAGGUUCCUCGCCGUUUCCUAUGGUCAGGUGGAGGGCGGCUUCGGGAGAAUAACACCUCACCUCGACAUGGCAGCGCGGACACUCGGGCGCAAUACCGGUCAGACCCUUACGCAAGUUCACCUGCCCAUCCUGAAACCGGUGUUGCUGUCUGCGGCCCUGCUAAGCUUUGUCGACUGCAUGAAGGAACUGCCGGCGACCAUCUUGCUGCGUCCGUUCAACUUCGAAACGCUGGCAACAACCGUGUUCGAGGCAGCAUCGCGGGAAGCCUUCGAAGAAGCCGCCCUUCCCUCUCUCGCCAUAGUUCUUGUGGGUCUUAUCCCGGUAAUCUUCCUUGCGCGCUCAAGCGCUUCUUCCUUCCGCACCAAGAUGUCCACACGACAGAUUGAUGCUACCAGCUAA